CGGCGGGCAGAGACCAUGUGGGCCCCACACAACUCCAGUUCUGGUAUAAAACCCAGUGACAAGCAUGAUCCAAAUGUAUGUGAGUCAGACAAACCAACUACUACGUUAAUCAUAUUCAUGGGUGGAACCUCUGUGGCCGCCGGCAGAAGAGUCACGAGGUUUUUGGCCAGUCACCACCGUGACGUCACGUGCGUUGUUGCCGAUGUUGAGUUCGACUUUCUUGACGAUAUUGGAGAAACGUUGUUAGCUCAAAGUGCUAGCAGUGAUGAAAUGGAUCGGUUCGAUGAAGACGAGGAUCACAGAGAUACCGUCGAGGAGAAUAGAACCUUUUGGGACAACCAACACCAGCUUUUGCAGACCAGUAUAUGCAGAACGAGUUCUUUGGAGUCACGGAUAAGGCAUGCCACCAAAGAAGCGCUUCAGGAAAUUCAAAGCGCGGAAACUGUGUGCGGUUGUGGCAGACAGAUGGCUGUCGCCAGUUGUCGAAACUGUUUGAUGAGAGAAGUUUCUUGGCGGCUCCAGAAAGCGGGUUAUAAUAGUGCUAUUUGCAAAACUAAAUGGAGAAGCUCACCCGAUAUUCCAUCAGGGGAGCACAAUUUUUUGGAUGUGAUUGACAGCACAAAGAAGGGGAAGGUAAGGGUGAUUGUGGAGCUGAAUUUCAGAGGAGAGUUUGAGAUGGCAAGGGGAAGUGAAGACUACAACCGACUUGUUAGGAGGCUUCCAGAGGUGUUUGUGGGGAAGGUGGAGAGGUUGAGCAACCUAAUAAAGAUAUUGUGUAUGGGAGCCAAAAGGUGCAUGAAGGAAAAGAAAAUGCACAUGGGGCCAUGGAGGAAGCAUAGGUACAUGCAAGCUAAAUGGUUAGGUCCAUGUGAAAGGAACACUUCCACAGCCUCACUUUCAGUGGGAUAUUCUGAGAGGAUAUUGCCAAUGGCUAAGCCAAGGCCAAAGGCAUCCAUGUUAACUGUUGAUCUGCUAGAGAAGCUUCCCAAUAUGCAUUGCAAUGCUGUUGAGGUUGUGUAACUGUAAGAGAGAGAACCCCCUUUUUUGUUUAAUUUGGUAACUAAUUCCCCCCCAAGGUGAAUAUUAAAUGAGUGAUUCGCAAAUGUCCUAUACACAUGUACGUAAAAAAUAAAUUAUGGAAAUGAAUGUGAAGUUCAAAGCUGCCUUUAAGAAGUUCA